AUGGACGAUGCGACCAAUGACCGGGUACCGCAUAUAGUGCUCUAUGCUAUCUUUGCGCUUGCUGCAAGAUUCUCUACCGACGAGUUCUUUGACGGAACUGAUCCGAGAGAAAGGGGCGAGGUCUACCGUGCAUCAAGCGAGAAGCUCUUCAGUAUCCGCGAGCUCACCCCUGUAACGGUUCAGGUAUGCGUUUUGCUGGGAGCAUAUGCCGCUGCGAGUGGCGAGACAGACGUCGAGAACCUAUACUACAGUAUGGGCGGAAGGCUAGCUCUAGCCCUUGAUCUUCCCAAUCAUCCGGUCACUAGCCUGGUGGAACGCGAAGUCAACAUCAGAACUUGGUGGACUCUAUGUAUGGUUGAUGUCUGGUCAUCCACAGCCGUGAGACUACCACGUAUCAUGCCAUUCGAUAGCGCUGUGCCCCUUCCAGUGGAUGAGAUACCGUUCUCCGUAAUGAAUAACGAUCUAAGGGGAGACUUCAGCGACCAAACGCCGUACCUUAACUCUCCCCUCCUUGCUGAAAUGGUAAAGCUCAACCGGAUUCUGGCAAGAAUCAUCGACUUCAAUCGAGUGUGCGUAUCAGAACAUCUCGAAGGCCCACCACUUGAAAGAGGCAUACGAGAACUUUCUCGCGAUCUCGACGUCUGGUUAGAGGAAAUCCCGCACCAGAUGCGUGAUACGCCAGCAAAUCUCGAAGCCUUCGCAUCGCGUGGCCUUGGCCGAAUGUUCAUAGCUGUGUAUCUUGGCUAUUAUCAUUACGGGCUGCUUCUCAACUACCAAUUUUUGUCUUCGUCAAUUGACGCGCCAACCGACUCUGCAAAAUAUGCUGACGCCUGCAAGCAACAUGCAGCCCGACUAUGCGCCCUCGUCUAUCGCUCGCAUUCUACAUCUGGUAAUGAAGUUUUGUAUUCGGCAGUUUCACACAUUCUCGUCGUUGCUUCCACUGUCCAGAUCCAUACCCUACUCUUUUCUGGCGACGAGGGUGAGAUACGUUUAUCGAAGUCCAGGUUGGAACGCAACUUUGAGAUACUCUUGCGUCUGAAAACGUAUUGGCCAAGUGUUGACGGCGCGAUGAGUCGUCUACGGGCGUUUCAUCAAACUUGUCUCCGAAGCAAAGAGACGAGCUUCGUUCUUGAUCGAUGGUUGCUGCGCUUUCUGGUGCAGUUCGCACCUCAUAUGGAGCUCGAGCCGAGGGACAAUGAUCCCGAGUACGAAGCACUACUCGCGUUAAGCAGGCAAUCCCCGCUAUCGUGCUAUUCAGGAUUAUCUCUGUAA